AUGUCAUCAGAGUUAAUCGUGCCACCAACACCAAGAGGUGCAGCCUCUACAUCAGAAACAGCUCCAAUCACUGAAAUUGUAGCAUUAAAAAUUUCAUACGAAAUUCCAGAACAAAUUUUAUCCGAAAAUGAACUUGAUCAAUCACACAUUAGAAUAACUUAUUGUUUUCCUUCGGAUACUUUAGUACAACAAGUUAAAAAACAAUUUAUUUCUCACUUGUUGGCUAAAGGAGUUGUUAAUUUGGAAGUUUCUAAUAAGAAUGAUGUAGAUUCGAAUACAUUGGAUCAGUUUCGUUUACUUGUUACAGGUGGAAAGGAAUUAUUAGUCGAUAAAAAAUCACUUCAAGAAAAUAGAAUUGAAAAUAAUGGCAAACCACUUUCUGUCAAUUUAAUCAAAAUUUCUAAUAAUCCAUCCGAAACUGAUGACGAAAAUGUUGUAAACCUUUCAGAUUACGUCGAACGUGAAACUAUCAAAAUCAAAAAGAAACAUGUCGAAGUCAAGCUCAGAAUCCAAGAAAAAGUUGGUGAUCAAGUUUUAACAUGUGACAUUUCCUGUAAAAACAAUAAGAAAUUUGGAGUCAUUUCAAAAAUGUAUUGUCAACACAGAAAUUAUAAUGCUGAAGAUUUUGUGUUUGCAACAAGUGUUAAUCACGUCUUGUUGAAGAAUGAAAAAUCACUUUCAAGUAUGGGAAUGGUUGAGCAAGGAACUGUUUAUGUUAUUAAUGUUUAUCAUAAGGAUUUGGUUAGUUUUAAAUAA